AUGGCUUCGGCAGCUCCCUCUCUAGCGCCCGCCGCAGCAGGUCCUGAGCAUCAACAUGCCAAGAUCAAGUUCUUCACGAACCAUGGCUGUGGCUGGUCCCAUCGUGUUCAUAUUGUCCUGAAGGAACUCGGACUGGCGUAUGAGGAAGUCAUUAUCAACAUGGAUGAACCGAGGCCGGACUGGUUCCUGAAGUUGAACCCACGUGGCCUUGUCCCCGUCCUGCAGUAUACACCUUACCAAUCCUCUCACGACUCGCCUACCGAUACACUCACGCUUACCGAAUCCGCCCAAAUCGUCUCCUUCUUUACAGAUAUCUAUCCUUCUCACCUUCAACCCACGAUGGCAGCCUUGCCUUCGAGCCCCUCAACCCAAUCUGCCCUCGCCAGCAGAGUCGAAGCAGCAUACAAGCGCUACAGAAUGUCCUUCUUUGUCGACACCUACUUCACCAAAAUCAACCCCCUCAUGUUUAAACUCGUGGGUGCAGAUAAUGGAGAGCCACAGGAUCGGAUUGUGGAAGAGAUUUGGCGACUUCUGGAAAGAGAGAUCGAGCCAUUGCUUUCCGGUGUGAGCGAGGAUGGGAAGGGUCCUUAUUUUGGAGGAAGUGAAAGAUUGACCGUCGUCGAGGCCAUGACAAUUCCUUUUGUCCUCCGUCUGGUUGACUUCUCCAACGACAUCAUAUUUCCUGCUCGUCUGGCGACGCACAUCCUGGACAUGGACCCCGCAACGAGCAAACUGCCUCAAUUCGCAAAAUGGGCAAAAAUGUGCAUGCAGCACCCUAGCGUCACAGAUACAUGGGACAAGGAAUAUAUGGUCCCCAGAAUUGUGGAGCGGCUGCCGGCUGCGAAGAGGAAGUAUGCGCCAUCGAGGGACUGA